AUGAAAACGUUUGUCAAGGAUGUUAUUGCCAUUAAAUCUCCUCUCAAAUCAGUGUCAUUCAUUUGCACUGCAACUCUACCACAUAAUGAUUCGCUUGAUGACGAAUCGCGCAGCGUUCUACGGAGAGAAGAUAGAAAUCUUUACAAAACGAUGUGUUUUGGAGCGUUUGCAUUUAUAAUCAUCCUGUGCGUGAUAGUCGUCAUCAUCGUCGUUGCAGCGGCACCCAGUCGGAAGAGAACACAGGAAGGGUUCAGAGAGGCUCCUCAACCGGUUCAUAUAAGGAUUCCACAAUAUGAUGUGCCUCGCACUGAAGAUGAGGAAAACGCUCCGAAUGUAGAAUCGGUUGAUAUGGAAGUUCCACGGUAUGAUGCACUCGAGAAUGAUGGCGAAGACAGCGAUGUGCUAGUGGAAGAAUGAAGACAAUCGUAUGAACGGAUACAUUCCAAAAUGUG